AGAAAAGGGAAGGUUUCAAAAAAAGAUUACUGGCACGUUAACCUACCAGCUCACUGCAGGUCAGUACAAAUACCGAGGAUUUGGAGAAAACAGCGGUGGCAAUUGACGUGGGGAUUUAACCCCCUUCCGAACGCAGUGCUGGGCUGAAAAAGACCCCUGUGCAGCAGUGCAAAGAUGGUGCCGAGGGGUGUCUGGUGUGUGUUGUUGACUUGUCUCUUCUACACAUCCUCCGCUGACAAAGAUUUCUUCACCUCCAUCGGUCAGAUGACAGAUCUGCUGUACACAGAAAAGGACCUGGUCACCUCUCUGAAGGAUUACAUCAGAGCAGAGGAGAGCAAGCUGGAGCAAGUCAAAACGUGGGCUCAGAAGCUGGACGUGUUGUCGGCCACGGCCACGCAGGACCCAGAGGGCUUCCUGGGCCACCCGGUCAACGCCUUCAAGCUGAUGAAGAGACUCAACACAGAGUGGGGAGAGCUGGAAAGCCUGGUUCUCAAGGACAUGUCUGAUGGGUUCAUCUCCAACCUGACCAUCCAGAGACAGCACUUCCCCAAUGAUGACGACCAGACGGGGGCAGCCAAGGCCCUGAUGAGGCUGCAGGACACCUACCGGCUGGACACGCAAACCAUCUCCACGGGAGAGCUGCCUGGAACCAAUACGGAUGUCACUAUGAGCCCGAUGACGGUGGAGGACUGCUUUGAGCUGGGGAAGAUAGCCUACUCUGAUGCAGACUACUACCACACGGAGCUGUGGAUGGAGCAGGCUCUGAAACAGCUGGACGGGGGAGAGGAGUCCACCGUGGACAUGGUGACCAUCCUGGAUUACCUCAGCUACUCUAUCUACCAGCAAGGGGAGCUAGAGAGGGCCCUGGACUAUACCAAGAGACUGCUGAAAUUGGACUCUGCCCACCAGCGAGCCAAUGGCAACCUGAAGUACUUUGAGUACCAGCUGGCCAAGCAGAAGAAGGUGGAGGCAGAGGAGGGCCUGAAGGAGAAGGAGGAAAGAGAGAGGGAGAAGCGGGAGGUGUCUGAGAAGAAGGGCAGACCUGCAGACUACCUGCCUGAGAGGAGGAAGUACGAACAGCUGUGUCGCGGCGAGGGCAUCAAGAUGACCCCACGGCGUCAGAGUCGUAUGUUCUGCCGUUACUCUGACAACAACCGUCACCCCCUAUACAUGCUGGGUCCCGUCAAGCAGGAGGACGAGUGGGACCGCCCACGCAUCAUCCGUUACCAUGACAUCCUCUCCAACAGCGAGAUCGAGAAGGUCAAAGAGCUGGCCAAACCCAGGCUGCGCCGGGCCACCAUCUCCAACCCCAUUACUGGUGUGCUGGAGACCGCCCACUAUCGCAUCAGCAAGAGGCGCGCCACCGUGCAUGACCCCCAAACAGGGAAACUCACCACGGCCCAUUACAGAGUCUCCAAGAGUGCGUGGCUAACCGCCUAUGAGGAUCCAGUAGUGGACAAGAUAAAUCAGCGCAUUGAGGAUAUCACCGGCCUGAAUGUCAAGACAGCAGAGGAGCUGCAGGUGGCAAAUUACGGCGUGGGCGGGCAAUACGAGCCCCACUUUGACUUUGGGCGGAAAGAUGAACCAGAUGCAUUUAAAGAGCUGGGCACCGGGAACCGCAUCGCCACCUGGUUAAUUUACAUGAGUGACGUGCCAUCAGGGGGCGCCACUGUCUUUACAGACGUGGGAGCUGCAGUGUGGCCCAAAAAGGGAAGUGCGGUGUUCUGGUAUAACCUGUUUGCCAGCGGGGAGGGUGACUACAGCACGCGGCACGCAGCCUGCCCCGUCCUGGUGGGCAACAAGUGGGUGUCUAACAAGUGGAUUCACGAGCGAGGCCAAGAGUUCAGAAGACGUUGUACUCUGGACGAGUCUGACUGAUCAAACGGAAUAAAACACCUUUUUCCUAAUCCUCGUCUUCCUCUUCCAAUCCCUCCUCCUGGACCCACCUGACUCUCAGCCCUGUGCACGCUGGGGGGUGAAGUGCCCUCUGACCUCCCCACCCCCUUCCUCUCCUUCCUUCUCUAAAAACUCAAGAGUUCACUCAGUGGUCCUCUGAGGCUCUGGCUGCUCAUGUGAUCUGUCACAUUUAAUUUUUUAUCUGGUGUGUGUGUGUGUGUGUGUGUGUGUGUGUGUGUGUGUGUGUGUGUGUGUGUGUGUGUGUGUGUGUGUGUGUGUGUGUGUGUGUGUGUGUGUGUGUGUGUGUGUGUGUGUGUGUGCGGUUCACCAGUCCCAGUCUGUGCCUUCUGUUGAUGGGUUUUGCACACUCAGACUGCACAGCUGUCUUAAAACCUGGGGAACUUGUAUUUAACUCUCACCCUUUAACAUGGACUUUUAUGUUGAUACUAUCAACAAAAUACUCAAUUAACUAGUUCAGCGUUUCCCAACUCUGGUCCUUGAAUACCCCAACAGUACACAUUUGUAUUGUAGCCCCCAGACAAGCACACCUGAUUCAACUUGUCAACUCAUCAUCAAGCCCUUGAUAAGUUGAAUGAGAUGUGUUUGUCCAGAACUCCAACGAAAUGGUGUACUGUUCGGAGGACUGGGUUCGGAGGACUGGAGGACCGGAGUUGGGAAAACACUGAACUAGAGCAAUCAACACAGCUGCUUCUCCCUUUGCAACUUCCUGCAACAUGACAUAUUUUCAUGUGCACUUCUCGUUUCCUUACCAUCACUCCAAUCCUCUCCUCGCCAACUGUGACCCAGCACACAGAGGGACAUGACCAGUCAUAAAGGCACUGUCAGACUCUCCCACGAUGUCCCCCCUUCUCCUCCUCUCCCUCUCUAUCAACAGGUCAGAAUCAGAUGACCCCCACAUAUCAAGCCUCCUGGGAUUUAAGACACUUGACCCAUCCUGGUCUGACCCGCAGGGCAUACACAGGGCUAGACUGGGGGGGUCGUCGUCGUCGUCG